GUAGCCGCCGGACUCCGCGCUGCACAGGCUUAUCGUUGCAACAGCCGCUCCCUGGGAUGCUAUGCAAGUCCUGUCGGACGCAGCGCGGCCUUUUCCUAUUUGUCACUCCCGGGUAAAUGCAUGCACGGGACCGGAGAAACCUCGAGCUUGGCCCCAAGAAAGCACCUGAAGCGGCGCGAAGAAUCCCCGGGAGCCGGAUGCCGCUGCAGGCGGGCCGAGCCAGCGCUGCUCCUCCCUCCCGGAGGGCCCUCCUUUCCCGGCAGCCCCGCGCUGCUUCCUCCGCCGCCUCCUCGCAGGGACAAAGCGAAAGUGAACCCAGACGCCUCGCAGCCGCCGCCGCCAUCCCCAGACGCGGUUGCUGCUUCGCGAUCCGGACACCGCUGCAGGUCGCGCCUUUCAGCUGAGUUCCUUUGAAUUGCGUGCGUGGCUGUGUUUUAUUUAUGCAUUAACUUUUAUUCAUGCAUUAACUUUUAUGUAUGCAUUGCGUCGAUACGCCACGUCCUGACUCUCCGGGGAGCGCCCCCAUUUCACCCCCCCCCAACAACCGUGUGAGGUCGGUUGGACUGAAAGAAGGAGGGACUGGCUCCCAAGGUCACCUAGGGAGCUUCAUGGCGGGGGGGGGGGGGAAGGAUUUGAACCCUAGAAUCGUAGAGGCGGGAGGGACCCUGAGGGUCAUCUAGUCCAACCCCCUGUGAUGUCCUGAUCUCUCCGACCCUCUAGAUUCCUUUCCUUCCUCCGAAGAAUCGGGGGGGCUAAUGCCCAAGCGCCUUGUGUGAGGGGGCGGGGGGGGGGAGUGGAUCUUGCUCGCUAUGCCAGCCCCUCCCAUGCACACACACUUUAUCUGCUUUUUCUGGACGCAACAGCCUCUUAAUGUGCAGCCGGGUGACGCCUCCUAUAGAUCAGGGGGGAAAGGAGACCCUUGGGUACCCCCCUGCUGUUGGACUACAGUUCCCAUCAGCCCCUGCCAGUGUGGAUAAAGGUCAGGAACGAGGGAAUCCUCCAAAAGCAGGGGUCAGCAAACUUUUUCAGCAGGGGGCCGGUCCACUGUCCCUCAGACCUUGUGGGGGGGCCGGACUAUAUUUGGGGGAGGAGAAAUGAACAAAUUCCUAUGCCCCACAAAUAACCCAGAGAUGCAUUGUAAAUAAAAGCGCUGAUUCUACUCAUGUAAAAACAUGCUGGUUCCCGGACCGUCCGCAGGCUGGAUUUAGAAGGCGAUUGGGCCAGAUCCGGCCCCUGGGCCUUAGUUUGCCUACCCAUGUCCGAAAGGAUAUUGUAAAGAUUCCGAAAAGGCCACCAAAAUGACCAGGGGGUCGGAGUGGCGCCCUAGUGAAACCUUUGGCUCAUCUCCUGCUUGCAGGUUCCCCCAGUCAACUGUUCAGACACUAAGAGAACAGGAUGCUGAACUCAACGGGCCACUGGCCUCAUCCAGCAGCCUCUUCCCUUCUCUUAGGAAUUGUCAUACACGUGUGUGACUGGGUGCCUAACUUCACUUACUCUGAAUUGUGGUUUGCAAAAACCCUUUCCCACAGCUGAGCCCCUCCACCUGGACGUCUGCCCCACAGGAUGGCCCUGAGAGCAAUGUAUGGGGCAGCUUCCUAGGUUCCUGGGGCUGGGGGGUUCUGUGGCCCUCCCAGUGUUCUUGGACUACUUUGUGCACGCCCACCAUUCCCUAAGCACCAGCCAUGAUGUCCGGGGCCCAAGGGAAAUGGAGGCCGACAAGAUCUGGAGGGCCACAGCUUCCUGGUUUGUAUUCAUAUAUCAAUCCAUCACUCUUGUUUGUCAGUUCUUUCGUCUUUCCUCCUCUUCCAGUUCAUUAGAAAUGCAGCUGUAUUAAUAUCCCUCUUUUCCAGGUUCCAUUCAGAUUGCACACAGAGUCUAUCCUUUUUCACCUGCGCCUCCACUCCUUGUUUCCCUUUCGUUUUUCCAAAAUCAAAGCUCCAGUAUUUGGCACCUCUGUUCCUUCAAGCCUUUGCACACCGAUUGGCAACUCUGCCAUUGCGUUCUGUCUUCUUAAAAGCCAUCCAUAGUUCCAUAGUUUAACUGCGCUGCCUUAAGAAGGACUUUCUUUGAUCUGCCCAGAAUCUUCCAACAUUGAGCUUUGUCCACAAGAUCCAGUCUUAUGACAGAGGGAGACAAAUCUUUCUCUGUCACUGUGCAUUGUUUUAUAAACUCCCAUCACAUCGCCUCUUACUUGGCUGUGAGCCACCCUGUUGGUGCAGCCGAGAUAGGGCACUAGUCCAUGUUGACAGAUUCCCUGGUUUGUGUAUAUGUGUGUGUGUGUGUGUGUGAGAGAGAGAGAGAGAGAGAGAGAGAGAGGGAGAGAUAGAGAUAGAUAGAAGCGAUUCUGAACCCUAACCCUUUCUUCUGCUGGGUGACCUGGGGCUAAUCACACUUCUUGAAGUCUCUCAGCCCCAUUCCCCUCAUUCCCAGAGACAGACCAGAUUCUUUGAGUUGUAAAUUUAGCCUGAUAACCUUUUCACGCUGAAUCUAAGUCAGAAACAACCAGUUGUCAAAACUACUAAUCAAUUAGGAGCUCUCUUCCUGCAGAUGAAGGAGAUAACCCAGUUCACACUUUUAAAGACAGAAAGUCUGUAAUUAAACCCAGAUACGCAUUCCCAGCAUUCUACAGCUUUUGGCUCUCCCGUAAUGCUCUUUUUCUGCAUGAACCAGUUUUAACUUGCUAUGAUUUCCCAAUAUCACUGCAGCAGUAGUCUCGUCCAGGGUUCUCAUCUCUGCUCCUCCACAUGCAGCUGCAGGGUAACCUUGGGCUAGUCACACCCACUCACCUCACAGAGUGUUUGUUGUGGGGGAGGAAGGGAAAAGGAGAAUGUUAGCCGCUUGGAGACUCCUUUGGGUAGUGAUAAAGUGGGAUAUCAAAUCCAAACUCCUCCUCCUCCUCCUUCUUCAUCCUCUCCUCAUAAUUUUUUUUUGUUGUUGCAGGAGAUGGAGGAAGAAUUUGAGUUCUUGCUGUGCGGGAGGUGCCAGAGAGAGGCCCCAAACCCCAAGCUCCUGGCCUGCCUUCACACCGUCUGCAUAGAGUGCCUGGAUGAGAACAAGCCCGUGGGCCAGUGUCCCGUCUGCCGGUUUUCCUUCGCGCGCGCCAGCGGGGUCCCCUUCCAAGAUAACGUGCUCUUUUCAAGCCUCCAGGCCAAGCUGAACACCUACCGGAAGAUCGCCGGUGACAGGGAUUUGGUGUGCGAUAACUGCAAAGAUGCGGCCGAGUUCUGGUGCUCUGAGUGCUCCGAGUUCCUCUGCCUGAAAUGCUACAAGUCUCACCAGUGGUACUUGAAGCAGAAGAGCCACGAGACCCAGAAACUGGCCGAUCUGAAGAAGGAUACUGCCCAGAGCUUCCUAGAGGGGGCAAAGAAGUCCAGCAACCUUUUAUGUUCGGAGCACACCCAGGUUAUAAGGUAAUGCUACUGUGGGCGGGGAGAUGCAUUUGUUGUUGUUUAGUCUUUUAGUCAUGUCCGACUCUUCGUGACCCCAUGGACCAGAGCACGCCAGGCACUCCUGUCUUCCACUGCCUCCUGCAGUUUGGUCAAACUCAUGCUGGUAGCUUCAAGAACACUGUCCAACCAUCUUGUCCUCUGUCGUCCCCUGCUGGCUUCUUUGGCAGGAAAAAGGUUUGGGCUUCGGUUGCCAUAAUUCUCUGUCGCCCUGUCCCACUGGUUGUGAGAAUGAAUGUGAAUCACAGGGCGCCUUUGAUCAUUGAAUCUUGGUUGUUGUUGUUAUUUAGUCAUGUCAGACUCUUUGUGACCCCCUGGACCAGAGCACGCCAGGCACUCCUGUCUUCCACUGCCUCCCGCAGUUUGGUCAAACUCAUGCUGGUAGCUUCGAGAACACUGUCCAACCAUCUCAUCCUCUGUCGUCCCCUUCUCCUUGUGCCCUCCAUCUUUCCCAACAUCAGGGUCUUCUCCAGGGAGUCUUCUCAUGAGGUGGCCCAAGUAUUGGAGCCUCAGCUUCAGGAUCUGUCCUUCCAGUGAGCACUCAGGGCUGAUUUCCUUCAGAAUGGAGAGGUUUGAUCUUCUUGUUUGUUUGUAAAAGAAGUGAUGAAAAGACGGAAUUGUUUUUAACUGUUUUUUCUUUUUUUCUUUUUGUAUUUUGUAUUGUGUAUUUUUCUUUUUAUUCUGAAAUUCUUCUUUUUUAUUAAUGUGAUUCUUUUUUUGUGAAACUUUAAUAAAUAUCAUUAAAAAAAGAAAGAGAGGUUUGAUCUUCUUGCAGUCCAUGGGACUCUCAAGAGUCUCCUCCAGCACCAUAAUUCAAAAGCAUCAAUUCUUCGGCGAUCAGCCUUCUUUAUGGUCCAGCUCUCACUUCCAUACAUCACUACUGGGAAAACCAUAGCUUUAACUAUAUGGACCUUUGUUGGCAAGGUGAUGUCUCUGCUUUUUAAGAUGCUGUCUAGGUUUGUCACUGCUUUUCUCCCAAGAAGCAGGUGUCUUUUAAUUUUGUGGCUGCUGUCACCAUCUGCAUUGAUCAUGGGGAGAUGCAUAGUUUGCAGGAAACUACCAGGCCACUGCCUGUGAAGGGGGAGAGGGGAUACAGGCCCUCAUCUGGGCUGUGCCCACUCAUACGGCACGCGUGCAACUUCAUUUUGCAUUGGCAGCCACCUGGGACCCCACGAUCAGCAGGUGAGGCCUGGGUGGGGGACAGGGGAAGAGGGCCUUUUCGGUGGUGGCUUCUCACAGGCAACUUUGGAACACCCUUCCCAGAGAAGCCAGACUGGUGCCUUCAUUGUAGGCCUUCCGCUGGCAGCUGGAUUUCUUUCUUACGCCAACAGGUCUUUGGGAAUGGACUGCUUUUUAAGGAAAGGGCUUUUAAGAGCGCUGUGCUGUUUUUAUUAUCUGUAUUUUAAUAGCUUUGUUUUUUAUAUGGUUUUAAUUUUUCAAGAGUUGAAUCACUUUUUAACCAUUACCUUUCUGUUUUUCGUCUAUGCUUGUUCUAAGUUUUGUGAGCCACCUUGAAUCCUACUUGUGGGGGAAAGGCACAAUAUUAUGAUCAUUGUUAUUACCAACAGUAAAUUGAUGUUUACAGUUUAAAUGCAGUGCUUACAGUUUAUACUUACAGUUUAAUUAGUACUUUCAUUUAAAUGCACUCUAAUGCUUACAGUUUAAAUGCAUUUUUUUUCAAGCAUGUUGUUUUUAAAUCUGGAAAAAAUUGGAUCGAAUAGACCUGUGGUCCAUGUACAUGGAAAACUUAUACAGUGGUACCUUGGGUUAAGUACUUAAUUCGUUCUGGAGGUCCAUUCUUAACCUGAAACUGUUCUUAACCUGAAGCACCACUUUAGCUAAUGGGGCCUCCUGCUGCUGCCGCGCCGCCAGAGCACGAUUUCUGUUCGAUUUCUGUUCUCAUCCUGAAGCAAAGUUCUUAACCCAAGGUACUAUUUCUGGGUUAGCAGAGUCUGUAACCUGAAGCGUAUGUAACCCGAGGUACCACUGUAUUGGGGAGAAACAGGUUGAUCUGUCCCUCCAUAACUUUCCACUUCCUUCCCCUUCUGUUUUCAUUUUCCUUUCUUCCCAGUGUUCUCCCUCCUUCCCCUUCCAGAGAGAAACUGAUAACACAAAGCCUGGUGUUGCUUAUCUAUCUAUCUAUCUAUCUAUCUAUCUAUCUAUCUAUCAUCUAUCUAUUAUUACACUUAUACAGUGGUACCUCGGGUUACAUACGCUUAAGGUUACAGACUCCGCUUCAGGAUGAGAACAGAAAUCGUGCUCCGGCGGCGUGGCAGCAGCAGGAGGCCCCAUGAGCUAAAGUGGUGCUUCAGGUUAAGAACAGUUUCAGGUUAAGAACGGACCUCCGGAAUGAAUUAAGUUCUUAACCCGAGGUACCACUGUACCUUUUUUCCGGGGAAUUCUGCUCAGGGAGGGAGGUGAGCCGGAGAGAUGGUAACAGGACCAAGGCCGCCCAGGGGGCUUCGUAGCUGAGUGGGGAUUUAAACUUGGGUCUCCUAGGUCCUAGGCCAGCACUCUAACCACUGUGUCACAAUACCUUCCUGUUUAAGACUCUAAGGAAAGCCUCCUGGAUCAAGCCAUUGGCCCAGCUAGUCCAGUCUCUUUUUCUUGCCGCGGCCAUUCAUUCAUUCCUUGAACAUUGUAUUUACGUCAACAGCAUCUACUGCCGCGGGUGCCGCAAGCCCCUCUGCUGCUCCUGCGCUCUGCUUGAUGGCGAGCACUACAACGCCAAGCUGUACUGCGACAUCCGCGCGGAAAUCGAAGGCAGGAAGGAGGAGCUGGGCAGGAUAAAGGCGGAGCUUGGCGAGAAGAGGAGGAGCUACGAGAAGACGUGCAGCGCCGUCCACGAACGGCUGCAGCAGCUGGAGAAGGUGCGCAAGGAGACCCGAGACGAGAUCCAGGAGAAGGUGGAGGAGAUGGUCCAGUGGAUCCAGAGUAAGGGGGAGGAGCUCCUGGCGAAGGCGGACAGCCAGCUCCACCAGGAGCGCGAGGACGUGCAGAGGAAGCUGCAGUGCGCCGAGCGCAUUGUCAAGAGGUUUGCUUCGUUUUUAUUUGGUUUAAUGUUUGUGCAGCCCGUUUGCCUCUUACGUGGGGUUUUGGGUCCAAGGGUUUUGCAUAUGUGCAAAGAUGCCUAUGCCCAGGUCCUUGGAGCUGCCAGUUUUCUACUAGGCAAAGUUCAAGGCAAUACUCUCAGUAUAUAAAGCCCUUUUUUAUUUUAUGUUUUUAUUAAGAAUUCCAACAUAACAAUUUUAACAGAAAUACAUCAUACACAUUAUUUCCCCCCUCCCCCCAAAAAGAGAAAAAAGGAGGAAAAAACCCUCCCACCGCACCCCCAAGACUUCCCUCAGCUCCUCUCUCUGGUUUCUCGACACACAAUUAAUAUCUGCAUGUUGUAAAAUUGUAAAGAUCCUUAAUUUAUCUAUCUAUAUAUUACUGAUGAAGAGUUUGUGAAUGUUUAUUCAAAACCUGCCAAGGAGUCCAGUUGAUUUUGUUGUUUCUUCAAAUACUUCAUAAAAGGUUCCCAUUCAUCUUUAAAGUCACAGUUAUCCUUGUCACACAUGUUUGUGUGUCAAUUUUGCCAAUUCCGCGCAGUCCAUCAGUUUUUCUUACCACAGUUCUUUAGUCGGGAUUUCCUCAUUCUUCCAUCCUUGUGCUAUUAAGACCCUUGCCGCCGAUGUCGCAUACAUGAAAAUGUUUUUUAGUUUCUUUGGCAGGUCUUUUCCCACAAUCCCUAACAAGAAAGCUACAGGCUUUUUCACAAAGGUUAAAUGGAACAUUUUCUUCAACUCAUCAUAUAUCAUUUCCCAAUUUUUUUUAAUUUUGCUACAAUCCCACCACAUAUGAUACAGUAUAUAAAGCCCUUAACAACUUGAGACCAGUCGGCCCACAAAAUCUCCUUACCUGUCGUACGUCCACGCCAUCGUGCCACAGAUGCCCCAUAAUCUCCAUUCCGCCUUUGUAAGGACUCAGUCAUUUAGUGUGACGUCAUGUACACUUUGGAACUCCCUGCCUAGUGAGACAAGCAGGUGUCUUCACUGUAUUCCUUUCGGGGCCUGCUGAAAACAUUCUUGUUUAGACCAGCCUACUUAGAUGCUUUAAAAAGUUGAGGUAAUUUAAAUCUGUUUUAGUAUUUUGACUUUUUGUAUGUUUUAAAGCAUUAUUUUAAAGUUUUUAUUUUAUUGUUUUCUCUCUCUGUAAACCGCUUUGAGGGUUGUUUUUUGUUUACCAAUCAAGAGGUUUAUAAAUGUUAUAAAAUAAGUAAUAAUAAUUUAAGAAACAGCAAAACAGUGCCAUCGAUAUGAACGUUAAAACACAAUAGCAUUUAACUAAAGCAAUGCACAGCAACAAAUUGAUCCGAGCAACCAAGACCGUUCAGUAAAGCGGUAAUGAUUCAGUGAGAAACCCAGCCAGGUGGGCAGGGUAUAAAUAAUAAAUUAUUGUUAAAUGAUUCUAACCACGGCAGGUUGGAGUCCGGCGAGCGGCUGGUGGAGAAGAUGAACCUCUUUGCUUCGGACCAGGAGGUGUUGGACAUGGCCCCCUUCGUCAAGGAGUCCCUGGACGAUCUCCGCAGGGAGAAGGUGCUGGCUGUGGGUUUCCGGGUCCAGGCGGAUAACAUCUCGGAGGUCAGAGGCGAACUCCACGCCCUGUUUAACAGGGUGAGAGGCUGCGAAGGUGAGGCACUUCCUGCAAUCCUGUUCUCUUCGCCCCUCCCUUGCCAGGGGGCCCUGCUGGCUUCUUUGGCAGGAAAAAGCUUUGGGCUUCGGUUGCCGUAAUUCUCUGUCACCCUGUCCCGCUGGUUGUGAGAAUGAAUGUGAAUCGCAGGGCACAUUGGCCAUUGAACCUUGGUUGUUGUUGUGGUUUAGUCAUGUCUGACUCUUCGUGACCCCAUGGACCAGAGCACGCCAGGCACUCCUGUCUUCCACUGCCUCCCGCAGUUUGGUCAAACUCAUGCUGGUAGCUUCGAGAACACUGUCCAACCAUCUCGUCCUCUGUCGUCCCCUUCUCCUUGUGCCCUCCAUCUUUCCCAACAUCAGGGUCUUUUCCAGGGAGUCUUCUCUUCUCAUGAGGUGACCAAAGUAUUGGAGCCUCAGUUUCAGGAUCUGUCCUUCCAGUGAGCAUUCAGGGCUGAUUUCCUUCAGAAUGGAUAGGUUUGAUCUUCUUGCAGUCCAUGGGACUCUCAAGAGUCUCCUCCAGCACCAUAAUUCAAAAGCAUGAACCUUGGUUAGUCUUCUCCAUUAACGCUAAUGGGUCUACUAUGAGUAGGACUAGCACUGAAUGCACCAGAAGGGGAUAAAGCUAUUGAUGGCUGCUAGCGAUAGGGGCUCUGUUCUGCCCCCACCGUCAGAGGUGCCUUUCUUCUGCAUGCCAGUAGCUGCAGAGGCACAGGGGGGCGGGAGAGUGCUCUUGUACCUGAAUCCUGCUUGCAGCCUUCCUGGAGACGUCCUAUUGGCUGCUGUGCAAACCAGGAUGCUGGACCAGGUGGGCCACUGGCCUGAUCCAGCAGGCUCUCUUUUGGUCCUUAUGGCUAGCGGUCAAGGAUGGUGAGAGCUGGACUGCAGCCGCACCUGGAAGAUUACAAGUUCUCACCCUGGACCUGUGGUCUUCCUUUGCUGACUUGAGCUCUGUGCAAAGAUAGAUAAACUUUAUUCGCAUUAGCCAAUGGCCAUAGCAACAUAAAACAAGCAAUAAAAAAGGUAAAGGGACCCCUGACCAUUAGGUCCAGUCGUGAUCGACUCUGGGGUUGCAGCGCUCAUCUCGCUUUAUUGGCCGAGGGAGCCGGCGUACAGCUUCCAGGUCAUGUGGCCAGCAUGACUAGGCUGCUUCUGGUGAACCAGAGCAGUGCACAGAAACACCGUUUACCUUCCUGCCAGAGUGGUACCUAUUUAUCUACUUGCACUUUGACGUGCUUUUGAACUGCUAGGUUGGCAGGAGCAGGGACUGAGCAACAGGAGCUCACCCCGUCGCGGGGAUUUGAACCGCUGACCUUCUGAUCGGCAAGUUUAACCCACAGCGCCACCCGCGUCCCUUAAAACAAGCAAUAUAUACAAUUAAAAAGACAACAAUGGGUAAAAAGGGCAUUCAAAUGACCAAGAUUAUCAUUCAGAUAGUGGCCCUUAAUCUGCUUGCACCCUCGAUAAACCUAGCAACCUUUGCUGUUGUCUGAUCAUUUUGAUCUGAUAAAAGAAAGAACAAUGUGGCCGCAGAUGGGCCGCCUGGGAUGGUGAGUAGGAGUGGGGUGUUGAUCUCAUUCCUCAGAUCUUUAUAAAGGGGACAGGACAAGAGAACAUGAGCCACUGUUUCCAGAUUGCCAUCUCCACGGGGGCAGAGUCGUUUCUCAGUUGGAAUCUUUUGGUAUCUGCCCUCAAGUACGGCAGAGGGCAUCACAUCCAAUCUGGCCAGUGUGAAGGCACGUCUGUAUUUUGGGAUAGUUAAUUUAUACAAAUAUGGUGCCAGGGAAUCAAACUGAGAAGGGGGGGGAAAGGCAUACCAAAGACAGAGUUUCUUUAUAAUGGCCAGAUUGUUCUGUUGCUCUAAGUCCUUCAGCUGCUGUCCAAUUAGCCUUUUUGCUUUAAUAAAGCCCAUCGUGAGAAGCUGAUGUGGGUGGAGUCCACAGGAGAGGAGUUUUUGGUGCACAGUUUUAGACCAUGCACUUUUAUGAGCUCUGCUGCUGGUGCUGAACAGCUGAGUCCAUUCUGACUGAGCUAAGAGAGAGACUAGGACUUGGGAGAGACCAGGGUUCGAAUCUCCACUCAGCUAUGAAGCUCACUGCAUGUGACCUGGGGCCGGUCACUCGCUCUCAGGCUAUCCUACCUCACAGAGUUAUUGGGAUUAAAUGAGGAGCGGGGGAGAGUCAUGACCUCCCUGGAGAAAAAGGUGGUAUAAUAUGGGGGAAAUGAAAUGCAAUGAGCCCUCCAGAAACCUCUUGGGCAGGGGCCUCAUCCAAACACGUUGGAACACUCUGCCCUCUUUCCUUUCUUGCAGAUGCUGUUGGCUGCCUGCCUUCUGUUUCUCGGCCAGUUGCCCCAGCGGUCAGUUCGGUAAGCUGUGAUAUGAAACGUGGAAGUGGUCGCAGAGAAACAGGGAGCUGAGAGGGGAACAAAAUGUAGAAAGUACCAAGACAGUGGAAAUUAGCGGUGGCCGUUCAUGAAACAGUUGCUGUUGAGAACACAGAUAUCCUGGCACUGGUAACAUGUGGUGGGAUAAAAAAUAAAUAAAAUCAUUCCCUGAGUUCAGUGCACAAGCAAUAGGACUGAACCUCUUGAUGUAUUGUAAUUUAGCAGUUUCAUAUUGAUGCAAAUUUCCUUUGUUCUGGUAUGAACACUUUAAGGACACAUCUUUUGAAAAUUAAACAGAAGAAUGUAAGGUUAGUUGGUAUGUGAGGUCACAGUUUGCCCGGGAGAACGAUGUGCUUGUUAGGUUUUUUGAAGCACAGGAUCAGCCUGUUUCCUUGUUCUCCAAGGUUCACUAUCAGUCGCCCCCUAAGUGUUACAGCGCUUUAAAAAUUCUGCCUUUGUCACUUUUGCGUACAGAAAGGUCUUCAUAAUGAGAAAAGCCAGCCAAGGACCCAGGCGCCCACGUACACCCUCAGUCUCAGAAAGACGCCUCAUGGAUUUGUAAGUUCUCUGCUGCUCAUAACAGUUUUGCGUCUUCUGUUCUUUUGAUUCUUCUCUCUCUUUGCUGACAGGCUGUCCCAGCUCCUUCUGAGCUGAUGGGCGCUGUACUUGCAGCCAAGGGAAGAUCAUAAAGUUGUAGAGUUGGAAGGGGACCCCCAAGAGACAUUUAGCCCACCCCUCUGCAAUGCAGGAAUCACAGCUAAAGGAUCCCUGAGUUGUGAAUUAAUAUUAUUAUUAAGAAUGAUUUCCCUCGUUGCCAUUACUAACAGCCCAAAAGUGUGGUAUCAGGGUGGUAAAGGUAAAGGUACCCCUGACCAUUAGGUCCAGUCACGGACGACUCUGGGGUUGCAGCACUCACCUCGCUCUAUAGGCCAAGGGAGACAGCAGACAGCUUCCGGGUCAUGUGGCCAGCAUGACUAAGCCGCUUCUGGUGAACCAGAGCAGCACCGGAGCGGUACCUAUUUAUCUACUUGCACUUGACGUGCUUUCAAACUGCUAGGUGGGCAGGAGCAGGGACCGAGCAACGGGAGCUCACCCUGUCGCAGGGAUUCGAACUGCCGACAUUCUGAUCAGCAAGCCCUAGGCUUUCUGGUUUAGACCACAGCGCCACCUGCGUGUUACUUCUUGUCACAUACAAAACAAGCAAACAUAUAAUAAAAGAAAAUGGUUACCCACCAACACCAAUUGAGGCAUCCAUAUUUCUCUGUGGACGAGGAUAUGAAGGGUAUCUUUAAGUCAAGUAUCUUAAAUCUGAAGCUCAAGAAAUAAAAUCCCACCAGGCGUCAUAAAAAGUGUUUUGGAAACACACAGCUCGUCUGCCGUUUUUUCCGCAGUCGCCCAAGCGCACAACUUCUUACGUUGCACAAAUGCAGAUUUUCUGAGGUUCUCCAAUGGAUUUACUAUUGAUAAUAAUUUAUUAUUGAUUUAUUGGGAAUAAAAAGAGCUGGUCUCGUUUUUAAAUUUGUGUUACUCUUGCUUUUUAGGUCUCCUCGAUCAGCUGCCCAGUGAAACGGCUGAUGGGACAGACAGAAAAGUCCAUUCAGGCUUCUCCCAAGGCGAUGAAGCUGGAGGACCACUACCAUGACGACGGGCAGAGCUCCGAGAUGCAUGUCCAGGAUGUUGGGCUGAGUUCCUGGUCCCCUUCCCCCCGCGAGUCAACCCCAGAGAGGGAGCAGUGUGGGGCGGUCAACUCGGUGGAUCUCCUGGAGAAUUCUGUGCACGAGAUCUGUGAAUCGGGUAAUGUCCCAUCUUGCCCGGCCUCCUCUGCUCACCAAAUGCCCCUUGUGGCAAGGGUUAAAUAAGUUGGAGUUCUUGUUAUUAAAUAUACCAAGAAAAAAGCACACCAAGAACUCAGGCCAAUGUAAGUUUCAAUAGUGGGAAUGGUUCCUACUCACAAAUCAAUAGUCAGUUUUAACAAAAACUAAUCCAUUCAAAAGUAUGUAUUACAAACUCAAAUAGAGAUUACAAACUCAAACUCAUAAAGCUAUGUAUAACACAAUAAUUCGUUACAGAAUUAGGGAUAAGAGUUUAUGAGUGGAGACAAGUUCAUGUUAGUCCAUAGUCAGAUUCGACGAGAAAUGUAGAAAACAACAGGAUACAUUUAUCUGAAAGUCUUCAAACUUACACGAUCCCUUAAAAAUUAGCUGAUGAAAGUGUAUACAUCGAAACAGGGCCCUGUCCUGGUUUCUGAUCCAUAAUUAACUUCUGACUUCGGCUCAAUGAAUGAAACUAAGACCUUCACGUCGAAUCUGACUAUGGACUAACAUGAACUUGUCUCUACUCAUAAACUCUUAUUCCUAAUUCCGUAACGAAUUAUUGUGUUAUACAUAUCUUUAUGAGUUUGAGUUUGUAAUUUCUGUUAGAGUUUGUAAUCUCUAUUUGAGUUUGUAAUCCUUGCCAGAAUACAUACUUUUGAAUGGAUGAGUUUUUGUUACUACGGACUAUUGAUUUGCGAGUAGGGACCACUCCCACUAUUGAAACUUACAUUGGCCUGAGUUCUUCGUGUGCUUUUUUCCUUGUGGGAAGGGAGCAAGCAGGACCCCCAAGCACAAGAGCAGCUUUCUCAGCUCCUGCCGUCUCCAGCAAGGGGGGGGGGGGGCGCAGAGCAGAGCCCUGCUGGCUAGGAAGGAGUUCCACGGUUUAUGCGCUCUGAGGUGUGGGUGACACAUUGUUUGUCCUCCAUCUUCUUGCAGAGGUCGCCAGCAUCCUGAUCAGCAGCUCCGAGGACACCGAAGACGACAUGAUGGUGAGUAGGCCAGAGACCACACAGCAGGCUCCGUGGAAAGGAAAGCUGCAGCCUGCACAUUUCAAGAGGUCCCGUGACUCCUGGGGUGACAGGAGUUAGAGGAGGCGAGUGGCAUCGGCAGCAAAGCGGUGCAGGGCACAGGUCUUCUCUGCAGGGUUCCAGAUAGGCAGCUGUGCCCUCUCCCAGGCUACUCCAGUCCGUCUGUUUUUGGGUCCCCCUCUUUCCCUGGACACUCAGCAUUGCAUUCUCUCCCCCCGCCCCAAUUCCUGCAAACCUUGAGGUUCCUUCAAGCCUGCUGAUUUCUCUCAUGCCCUUUGUCCAUUGAAGGUCUAUUGAUGGCUACAGAACGACGGGAACGACAUAAAGAUGGCUAUCCAGCCUCUCCUUAAAAGCCUCCCGUAAGGAAGAAAAGCCCACCACCUUGCAAGGUCAUAGAAUCAUUCAUCAUCAUCAUCAUCAUCAUCAUCAUCAUCAUUUAUUACCCGCCCAUCUGGCUGAGUUUCCCCAGCCACUCUGGGCAGCUUCCAAUCGAGUCUUAAAAGCAAUACAGCAUUAAAUAUUAAAAACUUCCCUAAACAGGGCUGCCUUCAGAUGUCUUUUAAAAAUAAGAUAGCUGCUUAUUUCCUUGACAUCUGAUGGGAGGGCGUUCCACAGGGUGGGCGCCACUACUGAGAAGGCCCUCUGUCUGGUUCCCUGUAACUUUACUUCUCGCAAUGAGGGAACCGCCAGGAGGCCCUCAGCGCUGGAUCUCAGUGUCUGGGCUGAACGAUGGGGGUGGAGACGCUCCUUCAGGUAUACAGGACCAAAACCGUUUAGGGCUUUCAAGGUCAGCACCAACACUUUGAAUUGUGCUUGGAAACGUACUGGGAGCCAAUGCAGAUCUCUCAGGACUGGUGUUAUGUGGUCUUGGCAGCUGCUCCCAGUCACCAGUCUAGCUGCCGCAUUCUGGAUUAAUUGCAGUUUCCGGGUCACCUUCAAAGGUAGCUCCAUGUAGAGCGCAUUGCAGUAGUCCAAGCGGGAGAUAACCAGAGCAUGCACCACUCUGGCGAGACAGUCCGCAGGCAGAUAGGGUCUCAGCCUGCGUACCAGAUGGAGCUGGUGAACAGCUGCCCUGGACACAGAAUUUGAGCCCAUGUUUGGUUAUGGAGAGGGGAGGGGGUUGAGGAUUUGGCUGUAACAUCUACAGACAUUCCUGUCAGUAUGCAUUUCUUAGUACAGAAAGUAUUGAUCUGGUGUGUAGACAUCUUUCCUACUCUAAUUAAUUCAGGAGGGUACUGGAAGCUUCUCUGUGUGAAAGAAACAAGCAGACGGUUUGUGGUGUUUGGGUUAUUCCUUCAGAGCAGCUGAGUACAGCUGGCUUAAACUGAUUCUGUUAUCUCCUUCUGUCAAGGUCAUGCUGACUAUAAGAGGCCAGAAGGAACCUAGGUUUUGCUUUCUCUUCUCUCUUUCCUUCUGGUGUUCUGUAUGCUUAGUGUUAAGGUUUAGUCUUGCUAUAAGUUAUUGUAAGUUUAAGUUGAGUCUGCUGCAACUGGACUUCUUAUGGACAGUGCCAAUCCUGAAUGUAUUGGAUUUGUGACCAUUAUGCUCAUUUGCCUUAAGUAGCAGUAAAGCUCUGCUGGAUGAAAUACAAUGGCCUCUGGACUAUUGUUGGGGAUCCUGCAACGUGUUUUAAGUUUUUACUCUGCUAACUAUACAUUGGGUUCUGUUUUGGAUCAUAAGAGUAGAAUUCCAUGACAAUUCCUUCAUUUCAUUGUCCAUAUCUUACAAAUUCUUGUUUGCUCCUUACAUUGUUAUCCUUAUUUAAAAGGUAAAGGGACCCCCUGGCCAUUAGGUCCAGUCGUGGCCGACUCUGGGGUUGCAGCACUCAUCUCGCUUUAUUGGCCGAGGGAGCCAGCGUACAGCUUCUGGGUCAUGUGGCCAUCAUGACUAAGCCCCUUCUGGUGAACCAGAGCAGUGCACGGAAACGCCGUUUACCUUCCUGCCAGAGGAGUACCUAUUUAUCUACUUGCACUUUGACGUGCUUUUGAACUGCUAGGUUGUCAGGAGCAGGGACCGAGCAACGGGCGCUCAUCCCGUCGCGGGGAUUUGAACCACCGACCUUCUGAUUGGCAAGUUCUAGGCUCUGGUUUAACCCACAGUGCCACCUGCAUCCUUAUUUAGUUGCUAGUUAAAGAAUAUAUUCCUAGUGAGAAAUGAAUAACAGGUUAUCUUUCUUUGUUUCCCGAGUUCUAACUUUAUCUUACCAUCUUUGGCGAUCCCUCGUAGCCGAGUAAGAUUGUCUUCCAUAAACACAGUUUUAACAAUGAGUCCGUAAAUGACUGUGGAGGCCAAUUCUGGACCCACACGUCCUUCCACAGUGGGGACAUUGGUUCCUGGAUGGGAGUGGAUCACGGUGUGGAUUUGCCAAGUGUGCCUUCUUCCUAGCACAUUUCUCCCUUGUGUUCUGAGUUCGAGUGUCUUCAAAGCCCAUGACACCUUUGGUAAAGGCUGUUCUCCAACUGGAGCACUCACAGGCCAGUGUUACCCAGUUGUCUGUGUUUAUUCUACAUUUUUUUAGAUUUACCUUGAGACAGUCUUUAAACCUCUUUUGUUGACCACCAGCAUUACGCUUUCCAUUUUUAAGUUCCGAAUAGAGUAGUUGUUUUGGAAGACGAUCAUCAGGCAUCCACACAACAUGACCAGUCCAACGAAGUUGAUGUUGAAGAAUCAUUGCUUCAACACUGGUGAUCUUUGGUUCUUCCAGUACACUGGCAUUAGUUCGCCUGUCUUCCCAAGCGAUGUGUAAAAAUUUUCAGAGGUGCCGUUUAUGGAAUCUUUCGAGGAGUUGGAGAUGGCUUUUGUAAGUGGUCCAUGUUUCACAAGGUUGGUAGUAAAAUAGAUUUGUAAACAAGCAUUUGGGUUUCCUUGCAAAUGUCCCGGUCCUCAAACACUCUGCACUUCAAUCGGGAGAAAGCCGCACUCACAGAGCUCAGGCGAUGCUGGAUUUUGGCAUCAAUGUCUAACUUUAUCUUACCAUAAUCAAUGCAGAAACCAUCCUUUUUAUUACCAUGCUGACCUUUACAUAUAAAGACUUUGGAAAUCAUAGAACCACAGAACUGUAGAGCUGGAAGGGACCCCAAGAGUAAUCUAGUCCAACCUCCUGCAGUGCAGGAAUAACAACCAGAGUAUCCCUGGCCAUCCAGCCUCUGGUCAAAAAUGUCCAAGGAAAGAGGGACUUGUCAAUUUCUUCCAGGAUUGCUCCUUCGUUCACUGAAGGAUAUAUUUUACAUCAAGUUUAUGCCCUCCCCACUGAUGCCAUGAGCUACAAUAACAAGCCAUAGAAAAAGUUUCGAACUCCCCACCUAUGGAUAUCAAACAGGUGCCUUCAACAGUAUUCCUGUCCAUGCCUGCUAAAAGCAUUUAGGUAGCUAAAACCUACCCAGGUGCUUAGAAAUACUGGGGAGAAUUUUAACCUGUUUUAGUAUUUUAUCUUUUUGUAUGUUUUAAAGUAUUGCUGCAUUUUCAUAUUGUUUCACUUUAUCUUUUUGUAAACCGCUUCGAGGUUUUCCCCCACAAUCAAGCCAUGCACAAAUUUUAUUAAAGAAAGAAAUUAAAACAAAAAGUCCAGAUUGGCACCUGCCAUUACACCGCUGCACUUGUGUUUCCUCCUGGUCUGCUGGACGAAAACUUUCACUAUGGUCUGUUUCCUUUCAGUGAUUGCCCGCCGUCUCUGGAAUGUCCGCCCGAGGUCUGAGGGGGUGUCGACGGCAGCAGGGCAGAGGUGCCUUUUCCAAAGCUGACCUCGAAACGCCAGCCAUGACAUCGCUUGCCAAGAUGCCCACAUCUCUCUUGCUCCCUCCUUCCUUCCACUGGCUGAUUGAUUCUGCAGAGAACGUCUUUCUCACAGUUCGUUUGCACACAGACAGUCCUGCUCGUCCCAGGGUUGCCUUGAGCUGUGCCACUCUUGACCCCAAGGCUGUCCACUCCUCAUUCCUGCCCGGGCAGCGCAAGUGCCUUUAGGUGAUGCUGCUGCAAUACCUUAUGAGUACUUAGCAUCCACCAAGAGCAACAGCUGAUCACAGGCAGAUCACAGGUAGCGGUCUUCUGAGAAGGAACACGUGUUUCCCUGGUCAGCAGUCAAUUUUACCUUGGCCCAUUGGCGGGCCAAGGCACCGCCCAUUGAUUCUCCCCAAUGGUUUGCUACCCCUCUCCUUUUAUCUGGCAGGGGCUGGUGGCAGUCUUAAGGCAGCUGAGAUUUGGUCUGUGCCAUCCCUUCUGUCCAAUUAUUAGCUUAGGAAUUUUGUAAGGUACUAUUGUCAUGAGACAUGUUUAAUGUGGAAAGCUGACUGUUUGCUACAUGCACCCCCUCGGUUAAUUUCUCUCCUGCCAUGGGAACAGAUGCACCCAGGAGGCUUGAAAAAAUCAAGGAGGGUUGGCAAGACUAAACGUUAUGCCCAGUUUUUGUAUGGGGGACUAGAAAUUCAGGAGCGCAGUGCUGGGUCAAAGCAAAGCCCCAGCCUGUCUUCUAGCCAGACGUUUAGAAGAAGCGGGAGAUCAAUAGCCCCACCUGGAUUCUGACUCAUUUCAGAAAUUCACUGCUGCCAGCUGGUGCCUUAGAGGGCAUUAACAGAGAAUUAGGCACAUUGAUUUCAUUUCUGGAUUGCUACCCAUGGCAGAACAUCCCAAAGAGAUUAACUGUAGAAAUAGAUUUUUUUUAAAUAGUUACAGUCAUACCUCUAGCUGCGUUAGGUUUACGUUGUGUUUUUUCUGGUUACGAAUGUGGCAAACCCGGAAGCGUUUACUUCUGGGUUCACCGAUAUGCGCAGGAGCGAUCUGCGUGCUUUGCGCAUGUGCAGGAGCGAUUUGCAAACUUCGUGCAUGCGCAGGAGUGCUCUAUCACGUCAUGCGCAAAAGCGGCGCUCUACUUACGGACUUUUCGGUUUGUGAGCGGCACCCCGGAACAGAUUGCGUCCGUAAGUAGAGGUACCACUGUAUACAGGUACAGACUGGGACAUAGAUACCCACUUAAAAGACCGGAGGGAGCAAAAAGGCAAUAGAGGCAGUGCCUGUGAGCAAUGAGGAUGUCUUAAUGUUGGCCUUUAGGCAUGACACUCUUUACUGGUUGUUGGGGAGAAAUCUAGAAGACGAGGGCUAUUCCCUCCACGUCUUGCUUGUGGGUUUCCCAUUUGAGGCAUCUAGUUGGUCACUGUGAGAACAGAGGAGUCAUGGGCCUCAUCCAGCAGCCAGGCUCCUUUGACACACUCAAUUUUUUUAGGGCCCCUCCAGCCUGGUGUUGUGGGCUUGCUUUUGCUUUUCUUCCGCAGCAACUCAUUGACGCAGUAUCAGUGCAAUAUUACGGAUUGUCCCUAGAUCAGUCCACUUCAUUAGUUGUUCUAAGACGCUUUCCCUGCGUUGCCGCAUUAUUGCUUUCUGGAUGGACAUUCCUGCCCUGUAGCACGACAAAGGGGGGGAUGUUAGAAAAAGCCUGCAAGAUCAGUGGUAUGAAAAGUUAGCAGGAUUUCAGCAGGAAGUUGUGGGAUCUGCACUAACUGGAAAUUUGAGCUUGAGUUUGAGUCAUGUCCGUUGCUGGUUGAUUUCACUUUUUUAAAAAAAAAUAAUGACAAUUUAUUGAUUUUCCAAAGAUAACACACACAAAAAUAAAAGCAACAACACUACAAAAGACAAAAAAACCCAGAAGUAAUUGACUUCCCUCUAGUCCCUUCCUUGGUUCCGUUACUUAUCAAUGUAGCGCAUGUCUAUUGUCCAGUUUGAAACCUGUUUAAAUUACUUUUUAUCCAUUUAUAACAAAAUUACAUGUAAUUUUAAAACCCUGCUAAUGUAUUAACCUGUGUGCAAUGCUUCUCUAUAUAUGCAAUAAACAUUUUCCAUUCUUCUUUAAAUUCA